AUGAGUGACCACACCAGGGCGAGCCGCUACUCCAAUGGCUCCGCGCGGACCUGUCAAAACUGUGCACGAGGCAAAAUCCGAUGCAUUCGCUCCACCACCACAGGGAGCUGCGACCGCUGCGAUCGCUUGGGGAAGGUCUGCCAUUUUCAGCAAGGGCGAAGAACGACCGGGGUUGCCAGUCCAAGCGAUAGCAAGAAUCGAAGGAUCGAUUUGCGGGAAGCCAAGUUGGACCGACUCCUCGCACAGUCACGCAGUGCAACUGCGUCAGAAGGGAGUAUCGAUGAAAAAAGCACUGCCAGUGCGCCAACACAACCCGAAGAUGUGAUCGGUAAGGGACACUUGACCAUCGACGCGGCGAACCGGCUGCUGCACGAGUAUCGAACCACCCUCAUGCCGUACUGCCCGUUCGUGAUAAUCCCACCGCAAGCGACCGCAACAGCCCUGCGCAAGGAGAAGCCCUUUCUGUUUCUCACUAUUCUUACAGCGGCGUUGUAUGACAACAUGCCCCUCCAACGAACACUUGAGCUUGAGGUCAAGCGGGCGAUCAGUCACUCUAUGAUCUUUGACGGACCUGCUACAUUUGAGAUGCUCCAGGGUAUUUUGGUCCAUCUGGCGUGGUGCCAGUACCACUCAAGGCCACGCCGAUUUUCCCAGUAUUUGCAUCUCGGAAUCAGCAUCAUCACCGAUCUACAGCUCGACCGUGCCCCAGAAGAUCGAUUCUGGCGAACAAGAGUGAACUUUGAUGGCGAAGCCGACCAGAACGCCAUCUCAUGGGGCAGAGAAGAGAGAAGAGCUGUUAUUGGAUUUUUCUGGUUUUCGUCUGGCAUCUCGCAGAUCUUGCAAAAGCGCUCUUCUUUCUCAUAUAUUCCGUAUUUAGAAGCCUCGUGUGAACUCCUGGCAUCGGACGCCGAAUAUAACUCGGACUGCCACUUACUGCACAUCGUCCAACUUCAACGCCUGUCCGAAAAGAUCCUUCUGAUAUCCUCCCAGCAUGCCUCCGAGAACCAUCACGCAGAUACACUUGAAUACUAUUAUCGCGAGCUUCGAUCGGAACUGGAUCUGUAUCGAGCUCAGCUUCCAUUUAUGCUCACCGAAAACCAUCUCCUCUUCAUGCAAUUUCAUACGGUGGAACUCUAUCUAUGCCAAGUCAUCCUGUUCGACUACAAGCCCAGCGCCCAGCAUCCACGACAUGAUUCGCCCUUCCAGGUCGAAUCUCUACGUAUGGGUCUCACCGCAGCGCGCACGCUGCUGGAAUUCUAUAUCUCCCUUCCCCUCCGUCGCGAAGUUGCCUUCAACAAUGCAGGCUGGAUCCAGCUCGGCUUUGCCGUGACACUGGCCUGCAAGCUCGUGGUCGCCGCAUCGGAGCCCUCCAUCCACCCUCACACGGCCGAUUUGACCCGCUCGUUGAACCUCUCAAACAUGUUGAGCCGGUGCGUCCUGCGCAUCCAAGCGCUUGUCACAUCCCAUAUGGAUGCACGAGGUGACCGUGAUGUGUUCUACCACUAUGAGAAACGGCUAAUUCGGGCGCAAUGGUGGUUUGAAAAUCGGACACUGUCGCGAUCGCAGCAGAAUGAGUCAUUCACGGUCGCCAUGGAUGGCUCGUCUGAUCCAAGUAUCGCUCAAAUGCCAUCGGAGGAAGGGCUAGAAGGUUAUCCUACCAUCCCACGCGAUGAAUUUGAUUUUCAAUGGCCAGGGUUGUUUCCCAGUCCCGCUUUUGAUGACCUUUUUGCAGGCUGGAUGACGCAAGGACCCGCAGCAUUUGAGUAG